AUGGAGUGGACGGUGUGGGCGGCCUUGGUGCUGGCUGCGCUGUUGUUGGUGGUGGCGAGCCAAAGGAGGAGGAAAUAUGCAGCAUCAACGCAGGUCUCGCCCUCCGCGAAGCUGCCCCUACCGCCGGGCACGAUGGGCCUGCCCUGGUUCGGCGACACCGGCCUGGGGCUCUACCUGCGCCACCCCGCCGAGUGGAACACCCGCAAGCGGACCAUCUACGGCGACGGUGAGGGCAAGUGCGUGAACGUGGCGCACCCGUGGACGUGGAAGCAGCUGCUCGGGGCGCACUCGCUGUCGGUGGCGGUGGGCGACGACCACGCGCGCAAGCGGGCCGUCCUCUCCAAAGCCUUCACGCCCACGGCCAUCGGAAUGUACGCGCCCGUCAUCGAGAAAAUCACGCGAGAGACCCUCAGCAGCUGGGCCACCAAGGGCGAGUUCCAGCUCAACGACGAGGCGAAGCCGUUUGCGUUCCGCAUGGCCACGAGCAUCCUGCUGGGCCUGGACCUCAGCGACGAGCAGGCCACGGCCUUCACCGACCUCUUCGGCGCCCGCCGACAGCUGCUGGCCAUGGUCGAGGAGGUCAUCCUCCGCCGCCGCGUGCGCGACAGCCAGCGCGACCCAGCCGAGGCCGCCGCAUCGCGCGACAUUCUUUCCAUUCUUCUGCAUGACAUGCGGAGCGGCACCGAGGAGACCCUGAGCCUGGACGAGCUCAAGGACCAGGUCCUGCUGCAGAUGUUCGCCGGGCACGACACCACGUCGGCCGCGCUGACGUCGCUGGCCUUCGUCAUCGCGCGCUACCCCGACGUACGCCGCCGGCUGCAGGAGGAGGUGGCCGCCGCCUUUCCCGACCCCGCGCAACCGAUCCCCGCCGAAGCUCUCAGUGGAGAGUACCUGAAUGCGGUGAUCAAGGAGGUGCUGCGUGUAUACACGCCAGUCGGAGGCGGCUUCCGAGACCUGUCGGAGGACGUGGAGUACCAGAACCAGUGGUUCUUCCCCAAGGGGUGGAAGAUCAGAUUCUCGGCACUGGCGAGCCACAGCGACGCCACCGUGUGGCCGCAGCCGGAAAAGUUUGACCCCGAGCGAUUCCUCGAGCCCAGGAGAGAGGACCAAAAGGUGAAGGGCGGCUACAUUCCAUGGGGCGGCGGGGCGCGAGUGUGCCUGGGCCAGCGGCUGGCCGUGCUCGAGCUGCGGAUGUUCGCCAUCCUCCUCGUGCGCUGCUACGAGGCCGAGGUCGUGGGCGACACGUCGCGCAUGCACUACUUCCCCUUCCAGUUCCCCCUCGCCGCCUUCCGCGUCCGGCCAGCAGCCACCACACCAACCCACGACUAA